ACUUUGAAGAAUGGAUACUCUGAGACGGAUCGUUUGAAGUUCCUGAAGGAAGCCAUUCUGAUGAACAAUUUCGAUCAUCCGAAUAUCGUAAAGUUGAUGGGUGUGUCACUGGAGAGUGAGCCAUACUAUCUAAUAAUUGAACUCAUGGAAGGCGGCGAUCUGUUGGGAUUUCUGCGCUCCAGCCGUCCAUCUGAUUGCUUGCCAUCGCAGUUGUCGCUCUGUGAACUGAUCGAUAUGAUGGUGGAUGUGGGACGUGGUGGAAGUUAUUUGGAGGCAAACCGUCAUGUGCAUCGUGAUCUGGCAGCCAGAAACUGCCUCAUCUCAUCAAGGAAUUCUCAUGCCAGAGUCACCAAGAUAGCUGAUUUUGGUCUGGCUCGUGACGUCUACACAAACGAUUACUAUCGCGUUCACGGUGAGGAUUUUCUACCGCUACGAUGGCUUGCACCCGAAUCGAUCACUGAUGGUGUUUUCACAUCAAAAAGUGACGUUUGGUCUUUUGGUGUUCUCUUGUGGGAGAUUCUCACGUUGGGACAACAACCAUAUAUCGGCAAACAAAACGUUCAGGUUAUAUCGUUCGUGAAAAGUGGCGGUCGACUCGAUAAACCGCCAUACUGUCCUGAUGAAAUCUUCCGAAUUGUCGAACGGGCAUGGAUUUAUGAUUAUGAAGAACGUCCUCGAUUUGCUGAUGUUCUGCCUGAACUUGAAGCUCUUCGUGGUAAUCCGGCAUAUCAGGAUGAUACUCCGUUCCCUCCAUCGUGUCCUUCCCUGACCACAACUUCGAACUUCGAUGUUUCAACUGAUUCGAAUAUGAGCAUAACGGGAAGUGCAGAUCGCAGUGGCAGUGUGCGAUUCGACAAGAGCGAUAAUCCGUCGACCAAAACACAAGGUCGUCCGUCGAUACUUCGAUCGUUGAGAAAAGAAAGGCCCAAACAACCGCCAAGUCGUGAAGAAAUCGAAUCGAAAGCUGCAUCAUCAUGCUCAUCACGUACGGCGAAUAGUGUCGUUUCCAACGAAACGAUUUCCACAGGGCUGGAUAGCGAAUAUAUGCUCAGCGGUGCGGGAUGUGGGGGAAUCGAUAACGAAGGCUUUAUUUCAAGUGAUUAUUAUGAAGCUCCAACUAGACGUCUGAAGACGAACGUAGCUAACACCAAACGUAGGACUCUACCGCCGCCCAUUAACACUGGUCCGAGCACGCCUUCCGCAACGCCUCCAUCUUCGGCGCAGAGUCGAUCCUCUCAAGACAGUAGUUCAAUAUUUGUACGUCCGGCGAGAGUCAGUCGAGUCUAA